AUUUACAUAAUAUUUGUAAACAUAAGCGAUUGUGAGACUACAUGUGUGUUUGUGGGAAAAGCAAAUAUUCCUGGCCCUGUUUUGGAUUUGUUAGUUAAGUUUAAAUGACACACUGGAAAGGUGUGUUUUUACUACCUUACAGAUACAGGCCUGCAAUAUGAAUGUAAUUUCACAAAUAGAACUGCAGAAGAAUUAACAAAUACAAAAUGUGUACAUUAAGUAUUUUUGAUUUUCCAUUUUUUUAAAUAUGUACUUGUACACCGUUUAUUCAUUUAUUUUUUGUUUUCUAGAAAGAAAAGCUGUUUUCAAAUAUCUGUUAUUGUUGCAAUAAAUCAUUGUGCUUGUGGCUGAAGUAUGCAAUAAGUUAGCAAGGAGUCGAGUUUAGAGGUGGUCAAGUAAUUGCUGAAGCACAAAUGCAUCUGUUCAUAAUACCGGACAUGUAGCAGACUGUUAGUUGAAGGCUUGAAUGUUGUCUUGCAGUGAUGAUAAGCAUUAAUUUAGUACACACACAGACACCUGAAGUUGAUGGUGUUUGUUAAUUUUGGUGGUAAACCAAAUUCAAAUAUAGUUCGGGUCCGUGGGACUCGAAAAUCUUGAUUUGUUUAAAUUGAUUACAGACAUUUAAAUUGAACUUUAGAAUGUUUAUCACAAGGCAUUCUGUUCUCCUCAAACAUACUGAGACCCAAUUGAGGAAGUUUGCCUUCCCAUAUCCAUUUCGGCGACCCUUGCUGUUUGUGUGCCUUAGUGCUGACUGAUCUACAGACUAAUAAAAUGACAUUUUAUGAUCCUAAGUUUUAAUUUGUGGAACCUAAUAAUUUUUCUGCCUUUAUCAUUUAUCAGUAUGCUUGCUUUAUCACUUGAUUUAACAGUGUGGUAAUGGUCUGAUUUAUCUUGACUUACACAUAGUCAUUAUUGUAUAUGAAAAUAAAUAAGUUCUUGUAAUCUCGAAAGCUCUGAUGAGGGCAGUAUAAUAGAGGCAGUAGAGUAUAUUAGCCCAUACCAAAAAAGAUCAAUCAAAAAAUUAUAAAAAAAAAAAAAAUUAAACACAGAGGCGCGAUUCAAGCUCACGACAUUUGGUUCAAUAGAACACUUUGUUAACCGACCACACCAUACAGUAAUAAUACGACGUGUCCUAUUAGUGGUAACUGCAGUAUGUACAGUUCUUGGUAUUGGUGGCGCAUUUCACAAAAAAGAAGAUCUAUUAACUUACAGAGGUAGUAGAAUAUGUUGGUAUAUAAAAAAAGAUAUAUUAUUAAAUCAAUGAGCAGGGCAUUCCUAGAGCUGCUCAUCGGAGCUAAACAAUACAGGUAUAAUAAUAUUCAAUAUAUACAGUUGAACUUGCCUAAGUCGAAUGGCAUUGCAAAACUGUUUGACUUUAGAUAAAAUUGACUAAUUGCAAACCGUUAAAUGAAAACACACCAAUUUGGUACGUAAAAUAGGAUCGACUUAGAAAGUAUGCGACUUAGGCAAGUUCAAUUGUAUGUAAAAAUAUAAUGGAAUUGAAACAAAAAUCUGAUGAUUGAAAUAAAGAAUAGAUUUGCAUGUACUGAGAAUAGAAGAACUUUAUUUAGCUAUAGAAAAAAGGUGGCCUUGAGGUUUUAAGUGCACAACAUGUAAACCAACAUUCAUAUGGCAUAAUUUUAAUAUCAGCAAUGUAGGCCUAUACUUAAAUGCAAAUGAAAAUGUGUAAGCCACAUAAAUCGGUUAUUGUCAUGCACACUUGAAUCUGUCGCGUGCAAGCUUUUCAUUUUUUAGUUUAAAUUGCAAUGAUAAUUACAUCUUUAAAAACAGAUAAUGUAUAUAAUAUUAAUUUAGGCAAUGGUCAUAUUUUACUUAUAUUUCGUUUGUCAUUAAGUUUGUAAAAUCCUUUAAAAAAAACCGUGUUUUAAAACAUCUAAUACAGCAGCAUUUUUAAAAGGAUUAGAAUACGUUAGCCCAGUAUGGUACAGUGUGGUAUCGUAUUUUACUUUAAAAUCCUUAUAUUACCAGCCAAUAAAAAAUAUUAGAAAGGUAUUAUAAAUCCAUAUGUUAAUUGUUUAGAAAAUCGUUGUUCCUUUCAGUCAUCAACUGAGAGCUAAGUAAUCUAAAUUUACACACCAGCAUGUACUUCAUACUGUAAUCGUAUCAAGCAAAGCCCUUCAACGAAAAGAAGAAUGAAAUUGAAACUUUUCGGCUGUUGUGAAAUGCUAACUUAAUUUAAAUUAUUACAGUAAUCUACGAGUGUUGUGUGUGUGUGUUAAACGUCCAAAUUGAGAAACGUCGCCGUCAGUAAUGUACCAAAAUAGACAUAAUAGAGGAUAAGUAGUUCUUAUUGAAAUUUAAAAUAGAGUAAUAAGGAAUUCGAAUCAAAUCCUCCGUUCGUUGGUGGCGCUGUUGAAAUCUACUUUUGGCACACAUCAUGCAUGAGCAAUGCAGGUCGCAGAGGUAAACAAAAGCCAAGCCUAGGUGGAUACUCUCUGGUUUGUAAUCCAUUAUAUAACUACAUACAGCCAUGGACAGACGUUUCUUAUUGUUGUAUGGUUCUCAGACUGGCCAGUCUGAAGCGGUAGCAGAAGAGAUAUUUGAAAAGGCUUAUGAACAUGGGUUUCGGCCAGAUCUACACAGCCUCAGUAUGACAGAAAAGAAGUUCAACGUGGAAAAAGAAAAUUUGCUAGUGCUUGUUAUAUCAAGCACAGGGGAUGGUGAACCCCCAGACUCAGCUCUCAAGUUUUGGAGGCGAAUUCGAAAGAAAACCUUACCAAACAACCACCUUAGUAAACUGCGGUACACUAUUCUAGGCCUUGGUGACAGCAACUAUUCCAACUUCUGUCAAAAUCCACAGAAUUUUGAUGCACGGUUUAAGGAACUCGGUGCUCGGCAUUUUUAUCCGACAGGAUUUGCUGAUGAUGCCAUUGGAUUAGAGAUUGUAGUUGAGCCAUGGAUCGAUGGAUUGAUGGAUGCAUUGAAACUUCAGUUUUCAGAAAAUAUAGAAACAUGUUCAGGUGAUGCUCAGAUUUCACCAUUGCCUGAUCAAAUUAAUGAAAUUAGGGAUGAAGUCGAUUCUGCUAAAAUUGAUAUCAAAACACAACAACCAAACAUUACCUCUAAGGUUGUUUCUAACGAGGAACAAACUGGUGAAGCUAAGACUGUUGACUCAAACAAUACUGCUGGAGAUAUGGUUUCGUCAUUGUUGAAAAGUGUACCACCAAUAGAAGGGCAGAUUGUCAUACCAGCUCUACCACAUCCAUUUUUGGAACUUGAAUUUUGUGAAGAUGAAAGUAUAGACUUGAAUUCAUUAAGUCUCCAAAAUGGAGCAGAGUUUCCAUCAGCUACCACAGGCGUAAUCAUGGCAACGUUAGUGGCAUCGACUACAUUAACAAGACAGGAUGCUGUGAAGACUGCCCUCGAUGUUCAACUAGAGAUUCCAGAGUCAACAAUGACCUAUGAACCUGGUGAUUCAUUUGGAAUAGUUUGCAAAAAUAAUGAUGAAGAAGUUGAGAACAUUAUCCAAAGGCUAGCGGUUUCUGAUGUUGCUGAUUGUGUCUGCUACUUGAAGUUGCUCGAGGGCACAAAGAAGAAAAAUGCAGCUGUCCCAAAAUUCCUUGCAACUCGUACAACCAUCAGACACAUGCUGAGCACAUGCUGUGAUAUUAGAACGCCCCUGAAAAAAGGAUUUAUUCACAUGCUUGCAGAAUACACAACAGAAUCUUCAGAGAAGGCACGUCUUCAAGAGUUAUGCAGUAAGCAAGGGGCAUCACAAUACACAAGUUUUAUUAGGGAGCCUAGUCUGUCAUUAUUAGAUAUUUUACUAGCUUUCCCAUCAUGCUGUCCACCAAUAGCUCGAGUCAUUGAACAGUUGCCUAGGCUGUUACCAAGACCAUAUUCAGCAUCAAGUUCACCACUGGUCUCUAGGAAUCAUCUCCAUUUUGUUUUCAACAUUGUAGAAAUUCCAUCUACAUGUGGUCGCCAGUAUGGUCGAAAAGGUGUCUGCACUGGAUGGUUAAGUGAAUUGUCUUCACACCAAUUACAAGAUGGUGAACCCAAACCAAAGAUUGCAAUAUACGCGAGAAAGAAUUUACGAUUUCGACUGCCGAGUGAUCCCUCUGUGCCUAUAAUCUUGAUUGGGGCAGGCACUGGAGUAGCUCCAUUCAUCGGGUUUCUACAGCAUCGAGAAGCAGAAAUGCAGGCCUCCAAAGAUUUUGUCUGUGGACCAAUUUGGCUGUUUUUUGGAUGCAGGCACAAGGAGCGAGACUACCUGUACAGGUCUGAGCUUGAACGAUUAAAUUCCACAGGCAUACUCUCAAAACUUUUGGUUGCCUUUUCUCGAGACAACCAAGAUGCUGUGGACAAAACUAAAUCUCCACGUUAUGUGCAAGACAACAUUCGCCUGCAUUCUGCUGAAGUCUGCAAUUUGUUGCUUGAAAAAAAUGCAGUGCUGUAUGUAUGUGGGGAUGCAAGAAAUAUGAGUAAAGAUGUUAAUGCAAUGUUUUCUAACAUUAUUAGCCAACAUCUGAGCAUCUCAGAGAAAGAAGCAGAUUCUAUGAUGAUGAAAUUGAGACAAGAAGGCCGGUACUUAGAGGAUAUUUGGACAUAAAUGUAAAAAAGAAAACUUAAUUAAACCUUCUUAUAAUGUGUCUUGUAGGAGUUUAUACAUAAUCAGAUUUAAAAAUUGGUGGUUUUUUUAUAUUUUGGUGACUUUUAAUAAGUACUACAGUACUGUAUAUUGUUAUUUAUAAAUUCUAUCACUUUUUUUAAUGGUACUUAACUAUUUAUAGUAAAUAUCAUCAUGUUUUAUAUUAUGCCUCUUUCUCAUUCCAUGUUAAGUAAUGGUUAGAGGUAUUAGUUUAUGAAUGUACUGUGUAAGCAGGCUACAGUAGAAGGGCAAGAUAGAAAAUGUGGAUUCAUAAUGGUCAUCCAAUGUUGAGUAAUAGUUUAAAGGCAUUAGUUUAUUACUGUGCAAGUAGGCUAAAGUAGAAGGGCAUUAUAGUGGGUGAAACAAGCAGUGAC